AUGGAUGUGAGCAGAAGUAAACAGACUAAUCUUAAGAACUACAAUUACAAGGCUACAAUACACUUCCAAAUCGGCAGUGAUGCACAGAGGCUAAGAACGGCAUUUUUACUUGCUGAGAUUGGUGUGAAAACGAUCGUUUCGACGGCAAACGAACAUUUUUGUUCUCGCGACUGUCUCUCCAAACUGAUCAGUGGACGACGUUUUGUGGCGGGUGAUCUCUCCAAAGGGUAUCGCUUCCAACGACUUCCUUCACAUCUUUAA